AUGCUGAGAAUAUCUGUUCAAGACUUCAAUGGGCCUUUUACGAACUGUCUGGUGGGGUGGGGUGGUGGAUUCGUCCGUCCUCCCUGUUCCGAUCCGUCUUCGCCGGCGAGCACCAUCACCACCAUGGCCGCCGCCGCCGCCACAGCCGUCUCCUCGCCGCGCCCUUCUCCCCUCCCUCAGCCCACGACCAACGCGACCUUCGUUUCGUUCCCGCGGCGGCCGCUCCCCGCCGCCACCUCCCUCGCGCUCUCCGCCCCAUCCCCGCUGUGCGUGCGGGGAUCGGCGCUGGUGCCGGCGGCCAACCCCAAGUACCACAACGCCAAGGCGGACGCGGGCGACGAGGACGUGGACGGGGAGGAGCUCCUGCGGCGGUUCACGUGGCAGGUGUCGCGCGCGGGCGUCAUGGAGGAGAUCAGGCGGCGGCGGAGGCACGAGGACGCGCGGGACAAGCGCAAGCGCAAGGCCCGGUCCGCGGCCCGGAAGUUCCGCCGGAGGCGCUUCAAAGGUCCAUAUCCGUUGGAUGAUAAACAGGGGCUGAAGGAGCAGAGCAAUGACGACGAUGAGGAGAAUGACAACUGGGAGCUCCCUGGUGGAGAGUUGCCUUCUUACAGAUAAAGAGAGAAUCGAGAAACUGGGCAUGGUAUUGCCUGCCGAAGAGUUUCAACACUUCAGCUCAGCUCUUUUUGGUUAGCUAGAGGAAAUUGAGUAGAUGUUACCGAAUGAUCAUGUCUAAGUAGCUGAUUGGUUAGCAAAGCACGGUAGCCUGAUGUAAAGCUUUGUUCUGUUUGUUUAGGAGUAUGUCUCAAGUGCAGAGCUUCCUAACUGUGCUGCCUGCAAAUACUGUGAUCUCCCUUGUGUUCUUGUGGGUUGAUGUACUGGACAGGGAAAGAGACUAAUGACCGGUGUGUUCUCAGAAGAACUAAAUAUUAUUAUGAUGAUGCUACUUAUUUGUUU